AUGAAAAAAUCAUUUAAAACAUCGUGGAAUAGCAUAGAAAGUGCUAUAAUUAAGGAUGUUAUCCGUACGGAUCGUUGUAAACCAUAUUUUGCUGGUGAUAAUAAUCCAAAUAUUGACACAAUGAAGAAUAUUUUAUUAAAUUAUGCAAUUGCAUAUCCAGAAAUAGGUUAUGUACAGGGUAUGUCAGAUUUAUUAGCACCACUUUUGAGUACCAUUCAUGAUGAAUCUGAUACAUAUUGGUGUUUUGUUGGACUUAUGCAACAACAAAUGUUAUUUGUAUCAAAUCCAUUGGAUGAACGAAAUGUAAUGGAAAUUAAUUUAAAAUAUUUACGUGAAUUAUUGAAAUUAUUUGUACCAGAUUUUUUUAUGCAUAUCGCAAGUUUGGGUGCAGAAGCAUUGGAAUUAAUGUUUGUUCAUCGAUGGAUAUUAUUAUGUUAUAAGCGUGAAUUUCCUGAAAUUGAUGCAUUACAUAUUUGGGAAGCAUGCUGGGCUCAUUAUCGAACAUCAUAUUUUCAUUUAUUCAUUGCUGUUGCUAUUAUUUCAAUUUAUGGCAAGGAUGUUAUUGAACAAUAUUUACCAAAUGAUGAAAUUUUAUUGUACUUUAGUUCACUUGCUAUGCAUUUAGAUGGUAAUGUUGUGUUAAAAAAGGCUCGUGGUUUACUGUAUCAAUUUCAUCAUCUUGAUAAAUUACCAUGUACAUUGGCGGAUCUUUGCGAACCGGAUACAGAACAAUGGGAUACAAAUAUUCAACAGAGAAUUUAUGAAUGCACCAAAAUUCAUGGUGAUAAAGAACCAUGCCCAUUUGCGGAAUCUAAUUGA